CUUAACCCCAGUGUGAGUUGAUGACUGGAGGAAGUGGAGAGCAUCAGAUCCCCUCUCUAGGGCCGCUAGUGGCAAUUGGGCAGCUGAACCCCUUUCCCCGUUAACGCGCUUCCUGAUCCUCCAUCACCAUCUCGUCGACACGUUGGUAACGACUUGAGUCCAAUUCCCAGUCAUCGGCUUCCCGCCACGUCAGUAGCCAAGAUGUCGUAUACAUGGGUCCCUGAAGAGACACCAACCCCGGAGAGCCUCCACACAUGUUCAACAUUUGAGCGUCCUCGACUCUUCCAGGACACCCGGGUGGCAUCCGACUCUCGCAACGCGCAAUGCAACCUGAUCACCUUCCUUGCCGUGGUCCAGAAGCACAGGCUGCCCUUUCUGCGCGAGACAGACUGGCAACCGUCUCUGCUGGCCAGAAAGGGUGGCCCGCAAGAUGUGACUCAGGAAACGCUGAGGGAGGGCAUUGACUAUGUCUACAAGCACGUGUCGGAAAAGGACAGGUCCUUCCCUAGCGAGACGUACCGUCGUCUUAUUGACGAGAUCAAUUUUUGUGCCGCCCAGUUGUGA